AUGGCUACUCUACGGAAGGCCAAGGCCAGCUUACUGGCUUUGAUUUUCUUGGUCGAUAUGGUUUCAUUCUCCGGUCUGGUCGGGGCUAGACCUAUUGCCAUGAACCAGUUAGAUUUUGAAGGUUACCAUGGCAAACUCGGGCAUGAGGGAGCCGCUGGCCUCGCCGAGGAGCUCCGCUGGCACAAAGCGUCUGGUGUGGACAGCAGCACGCACAUCCAGUCCAGACAAUACUCUGAUUUUGACGGCACCGCUACUGGCGACAUGACUACCGGAAAUGCCCCCGCAGGUAGUGGUCAGCCUCAGCCCGGAAGCACGACAACGGGAAACACUUGGGGCGGUAAUAGCCUUGCUGGAACGGUUCCUUCCGGUGUCGCGGUUACACCACCGGGAGGCGAAGAUGAAGGCACUGCUGCCUCGCCAUGGAGCCCUGGCUCUAGCGCUCCGGGUGCCGAGGCGAGCGGGUCUGCCACCGCAGGCAGCCGUCCCGGUAGCGGCUCUAAGGGUGGCGAUGCUUCGACCACCACUUCAGCCAGCUCUGGCACUCCCGCAUCUUGGGGUGGUAGUGGAGGCUCUAGCUCUGCGUCGGCGAGUCCAGGAACCAAGACCAGCGGGUCCUGGGUGUCUGGUAAUGCUGGCGACGCCAGCGGCGCAGGUACCAGGCCUAACAACAGCGGUCUCUCCCCCAGCAGCUCCGGGAGCAGCACCGCCAUGGCAGGCCUUGGUUUAGGUUCUGGAGACACAUCAUCUAAAGGGAGCGGAACUGUUUCCAGUGCUCUCGGUGCGUCUGGAACCCCGAGACCUGGAAUGCCAGCACCUUCCGUGGGCAGUAGCAGUUCUGCCGACGGCACUGCGGGCAACUGGGGCUCCGAGUUCGCAAAAGACAACGCAGACUAUGGAAAUGAUAGCCCUUCGACGCUUGCAACCGGUGCUAGAGCAUCUACCCCCAACGAACCUGCAGAAUCCGGAACGGCUACAAAGGGUGCUGAAGCUGUAGACACUACUCUCAGUCGGGCUUCAGCCAGCAUGGAGGCGCCAGACUCCGCCAGCAACAAGGCGUCCGAGCGUACAAAGAGAUCGACUGAAACAGACCCUGUCAAUGGGGCGGAAACACCAGCAAUGGAGUCAACGGUGGAGCAACCAACACCGGCGGCGGCACAAAUGUCAAUGUCAUUACGAGCCCAGCCAGCGGUGGUGAAAGAGAGAAAGGGACGAUUAAUACGCUACUGGACAAGCUUUCUUCGAUUAUAA